AUGGCUCCUAUUCUCAAUUUCCACGCCGGCUCUUUACCCAGCUUCGCGCUUCGUCUCAAGUCGGACGACUCGCUCGAAAGCCUCAAGAAUCGUGCGGCCAAGAAGAUCCGUCUUCAGCUUGACGAUGGUAUCCCACUCGUAAUCAAAUACGGCUGGUCUGGCCAGACGUACUCCCUCGAAGAUGCUGACGACUGGGAGAUUUUCCUUGAACGAUUCGGCAACGAGAAAGAGGCCAAUCUUUUCCUCGAAUCCCCUGAAAUCCCAUCUCAAGGCGCCGAUUCUCACUCGGCUGACGGCACAUACGACGGACCAAACGUCCCCGUCGUGGACGAGUCGACCCUCGUACACCGCACCGCUGGUCGAGGAAAGAGCGGUGCCGUCAGCAUCCACCGCGUGUCGGCUCCUUUUGUUCCUUCGGCUGAUGACUACAGCGAAGCUGGCGGAGUCACCGCCGGUGGUCGAGACUCCAUCAUGUACCCUCCGCCUCGCGAGCCUGAUGUCGCUCCAGGCUACAGCAAGCCUAUCGUUCCCGAGCUCCCAGGUCCCAAGGCGACCCACGGAGACGCGGUCUCGACGCACACUUCCAAGACGCGCAAGACCAAUGCCACCGUCUCCUCCGUUCCUUCGCACAAGAUCGCCUUCCAGGAGUUCCACUCGCAGCUUGGUGUUCGUCUGCUCAAGGGCAGCAUCGGCCCGAUUCAAGACGUGCCUAUGAUGCUCAAGUCUGGCUACCGUCAUGUUUACGUCAGCCGCAGCUUUGCGCUCAACCACGGCUUCAUCCCCAAGGACACCACGCCAGGCACGUACGGUUUUAACGGCAUCACCAACCUCGGCAAAUGGCCUGUCCAGGUCGGAUCCAAGGCCGUGCCGUGUACCGUUAUGCUGGCUGAGGACAGCUACUUCCCCGUUAUUUUGGGAAGGAGCUUUAUGGAAAAGCGUGGCGUUCGCACCGACCCGAUCGAUAUGACCUCGGUCACUUUUAUGGACAACGGCGAGCGUGCCGAUGUCGAAGUGGUGGUUGUGCGUGACGAGCAUGGAGAGCCCGUCCCCAUUCCUUGA